AUGUCUACUUACGAUAUUUCUCUCCAAUCUCAAUUCCCUGAUAUCAUCAUUCCCAGAAAUAUCGUUAGAACCAUCCUUGCAAAUAUCGGCGAAUUUCGUCAAUCAACUAACGAGCAGGUGGUUUGUAACAACCUUGCGUUGUUGCAAGAGAAUUUUGAACACACUGAUGCCUUAUGUUACGAAGCUUUUUACGCUGUUGUGUUUGCUGGCUCUGCCAUUCAGGCAUUCCUCCAAACAAGUCGUACGAGGGGUUCAGAGGAGCCAACAUCUCCUGGUGGUAAUGGAGGAGUCACCAUUCGUGACGUGAUAAAUUUGUUGGAACGAGGUUUACCACCUCACUGGGAGGUUACUUGGUCUGUUGAGCACAACCAUGAGACAAGACAUCUCACCGCUGAAGCGGUUGAUUAUAAUUCUCUUCGUACUCAACAACAACCCACUUCUUCAGCUACACCAGCACUACCACCUCCCCCUCCUACCACUACCACCACUGCCCCAUCAACUCCACCUCUUACCACCACCGCCGCCCCACCAUCUCCCGUAGCACCAGAUGAACCUGAACUCGAACAACAAUCACCUGAAGCCGAUGACGAAGCUGAUUCACAAUCACUUUCUGACACGGCUGUGGAGGAUGACAUAUAUGAGCUCGAAUCAUCAUCAAAUGAAAGACAAACAACACCUACUGCUCAACCAAGAUCCUCUCCUGCUAUUCCUACUUCUCGUACACCUACUCCCCGUGCUACGAGUAUUCCUCGACCCACCUUUGCUCCUGGCUCUGCUACUCCUCGUCGAGUAUCAAGAUCUUCCACUCCCGCUCCACCCACCACUCCUACACCUACACCUACACCUGCUCCUACUGCCACUGCUACUCCUCCUCCACCUACACCUACACCUGCUCCUACUGCCACUGCUACUCCUCCUCCACCUACUCGUCCUGCUUCUCCUACUCCCACUCCUCGUCCUCUGGACGAGGAUCUGGCAACACGAGUGGUAAAGUAUUAUGUCAGAGACAUUUGGGCAGUACUAAAAACGUCUAAAAACUAUAUGGAGGUGGAUCGUGUAGUUUUGCGUGAUUUCGAAAACACAGUGACCCUCCACCAUUCGACCGUGGACACACGUCGUAGUUACUUUCGUUUCGUGUUCCCGGUACCCACAUUACGUAUUGUUGACGUUGUCGAUACGUAUGUGAAUGGGGUUUCUUUUGGAACCAUACGUAAUGUCCUCAUUCGACAUGCCUACAUUUAUUUUAUGGCAAACAUGUUUAUGGUAGGGAGAGUGGCAGAGGCUAAAGCAUUCCAUGAUGUUCUAGAAAGAAGGUUCUUUGCAACCUUGCACAUUAUGCCGUUGUUGUGA